UGCAGAGUUAUAAAAGCGGUUGUCAAUUCCAUGCUGGAGUUAAAGAAAUAUCAUAAUUCAAAGGCUUUAUUUUUUUUAUAUAAAAAUGUCCUUCGGAAGGUAUGUUUGCCAAUUGAUUUUGCUUUUAUUCACUGCUCCAAACAUCAUUAAUUCUGGUCCAGUUUCCAGUCCUGAAAUUGCAUCCCAGUCAGGCAAAUCAAAUGGUCAUAUAUCAAUACAGCAACAACAGCAACAACAACAGCAGUCCAAUCAGAACAAUCAAGAUGCUCAACUAAAUUCGUUAAAUGUUUAUGCUUCGAACUAUGAUAUUAUUGCGAGUAAGCAAAAUCAAAAUGAUAAUUUUAAGCCAUCGUACAAGCUGCCAGAUAUGGAGACAAAUUUUACACCCAUUCACAAUGGCAAUAGCAUAGCACCGGAAUUUGCUUCUUCAUUAGGAUCUUCAGCUCCAGUAUUAAUGCAAUAUUUACCCCAAACAAUAAACGAAGGCGGCGUACAGUAUCUGCAGUUAUUACCAACAAGACCUUUAAUGGUUCCCAUUGGUCCGUAUUUAACCGGUAGCACAGGAAUUCAGUCUUUAGCAUAUCAUCAGCAUUUGGCUCCUAGUAACAACAUUGAUUACACCACUCGACCACUUUUGUCGGCAUUACCAAUCAAUAUGCCUCCACCAGCACCAUCUGCUUUAGUAGAUGUCCCAGCUUCACCAUUACCAUCCUAUGGAAUUCAAUCGUAUGCUGCCAAUAUUACUCCUUACAAACAAAAUCAUAGAAUAAAUAGAGAAACAAAAGACAAACAGUUAUUAGGACCCAUUACAUUAAAUCUUAAUGAAUAUAUACCGCCCGCGAACAGUCAACAACAUUCGACAUUUAGCGUUCGAGGAAGACCUUAAAAUGUCUUAUUAUAGUAAUAAUAAUAUUAUUGUUGAAUAAUUUUUAAUAACCAAAUAUUAAUUAUCUUUACUAGAUUUUUACUAAUAUCAUUUAAUUUUGUUAAUUAAUAUAAUAUAAGAACAAUUGAUAAUUUUACAAUUAAAAAUAACCACAGAAUUUAAUACUAUACAUCCGCCCUUUAUUUGAAUCUUUAAUUUUUAAUCUUAAACAUAAUUUGUUUAAAAAAAAACUUUUUUGAUUAUUUUCAAAAUUCCGUUCAUUGAAUUUUUGCACAGGUUAAACUCUUGCUGUUAUUAAUUUGACGAUUAUUUAAACGAUUGAAUUAAUUGUGUUUAAUAAUUUAAAUUAGUACAAAAUAAUAAUAAAAAUUGGUUUUAAAAUAAACAAUUUUUACCAAUAUAUCUACAGAUGUACUUGCAGGGGGCAUAACAUCUUAUUUGAUGUUAUUUUAUCAAUCAAAACAUUUACAACUGUUAUUUAAAACUAAAUUGCCUUAAUUAAAAAUUAUGUAAAAUACUUUCUCAUCUAUGGGAGUAUACGAAAACAAAAGUGAAUGUUUAAACUUGCAAUAAAUUCAAUUCAUCAAAACUACAUACAUAAAUAGUAGGUAUGUAUGUAAUUAUAAACAAUAAAUUAUGUAUAAUUUUUUAUUAGCACUGAUUUUAAGUUAAAUAAACUCUUUGAUAACAUUCA